AGGUUUUUGAACAGCAAUAGCACUAGCUGUGACAUAGUCGCUAUGCUGCGUGAAAGAGAUGAAAGUCCUCAUUUUGGUGCACCCCCUUCUUUUAAACGACUAUGGUACGAAGCGGCACAACAUUGAAAGCGAGGAUGAUGUCAAUAUCGCAACUUCGAAAGAUCCUGUUUUGGCUAGUACGGCUGCAAAUUCUUUCAUUUUCUCGUUGCGAGCGUUCACUUUUUGCAGCCCGAUGUCUAUCAAUUUUGGUUGUGUUUCUUUCCUAACUUUCAAACGAGAUCCCUCGAUAGCACUUGCCCUUUCCUUUCCGGUCCGCACCGUCAGUCUUAAACAACAACAUUUUAAAGCUAUUUUGUUUGGUGAACUACACAACAAGAACGAUGCUGGAACACACUGACUAGAACUACUAGAAGAAUAUUACAACAAAAAUAUUAAACUACAAACAACAACUGUGACACUACAUCUUCACCGACUAAAUCAAGAUUCUCAACAAAAAAAAACCUCUCUGUCAUCAAUAGCCCAAGCGAACUAAUAGCUCUGAUUUGCGCUCCGAUACGGAUUGCUCGAGCAAAGUGUUAACGGAUCUUCAAACACAGCAUACAGCAUCACUAUUACGAAAAAGCGUAAGCGAUCGACACAGUCCUAAAAACUCGAAGUUUUCAUCAGCUUCUUGUACCUGUUUCACCGCGGACACACAACAAAAGAAUUUAUCAUCAUUCAAGAUGACAUCGAAAUUUUUCGGAGGCAAUUCCUCGUCGGACUCGGAUUCCGAUUCUAGUCGGUUAUGCAUUGCAAAACUAUCGUACUACAGCUGUGAUUUUUGCAUUACAGGUUUUCUCAGCAUGACAAUCGGAAAUUGUCAUGGUGAUUUACCCAGAGAAACCGGAUUUGUCAUGCAUAAAUGCAAUUAGUACCUACGUAAGUAAGUGUACGACAUUCUUGCAAUGCAUAUGCAUCUUCCGAUGACGAGAAGCCGACCGUGCAGAAGACGGCCGCGCAGAAGGCCAAGCAGAAGAUCUUCGACUCGGACUCCGAUUCCGAUGACGACAAGAACACGAAGCGCGUCAUCCGCAUAUGCAUUGCAAACAUGUCUGGGUCUGGUUCUGGAUGGAUUCGAAUUUGUGAUGCAUAUUCUACAUCAUGACAAAAUCUGCAAUGCAUGGCCAGCAAAAGCAAAAGGCCCCACUUCCUGUCACAGAAAGCGGGCAUUUCUCACGCGGGUUAGGCAUGGGGAUGCCUGCUCGGAAUCUGUAAUGCUCGGGCUUGCAUGCCAGACGAGCUGGGCUAGGCAAAAACUGCAUCACAAAUGUCUGCUCUCUUCCAGAUGACCCAGACACUUUUGCAUUUGAUACCGCAGUCAUGCGGACAAAAGGUACGCGGGGCUGCAGGAGCUGAUCCGCACGAUGAAGAACCACUUGAAAAUCAGCGACUAUUCCUCGCUCCUGCAGGAUUACGAGGGCGGGCGCAAGAUGUUGGACAAAAUCAAGACCCAAGCCAUCAACGCGUCGGUUUCCGGACAGAAAACUGCGGCGCAGGAAACGCCGAAAUUUUUCAUCAAGGCCAUCGCGACGCUGGCGGAGCACGUCGAGAACACCCAUGCCGGCGGGGAGAAGAAACUGUUCUCGAAAAACAAGGCCACGGCGUUCAACACACUGAGGGCGAAGAUCAGAAUAUGCAUUGCAAAAGUAAUAUCGUACUCGUAUAAAUGCAUCACAAAUUCCCUCAGCAUGAGAAAUAAAAUCUGUGAUGCGGAUUCAUUUACCUUAAGAAAAAAAUUUGUAAUGCAUGAAUACAAUUACUACGAGUACGAUACUUUUGCACAGGAUACAGAAAGGGAAACGUCGAUUUUGAAACGGAACUGGAACACUAUGCGGUAAUAUUGAUUGAUGAUGAGAAAGAGAAAUGAAAAAAAAAAUUAAAUCAUUGACCUCGAAUCGUUUGCUGUCGUGCAGCUUGCGCGCAUGUUGACAAGAGCCGCUCUUUGAUUUUUCCGGGCUUGUAGUGCAAGACAAAGUAGAACAUGUGAACUUGUAUUGCACAAUCUUCGCUGCUGCUGCAACAGCAACCCCGCAUUACACUAAAAAAAGGCUCACCCCGAUGAAUAUGAAGACGAGCCCGAGGAGGAGGUCGAAGUAUCCUUUGCAACAGUAUAAUAUCGUGCUCGUAGUAAUUGCAAUCGUGCAUGACAAACCUCUAUUCUUAGGCAGUUCUCCAUGAGAAAUUGUAUUUGUCAUGCUCCGCAAAUUUGUAUUGCAGUUACUACCAAAAAAAGAAAAACACGAUACUAUUGCAAAAAUGCAUACGAAGAAGAAGCCGACGAUUCUGGUUCUUCCUCGUCUGACAGCGACGACGGGUCACCGACCUCGGAGAAGAAAGGCGGCGCUGGCAAGGGAUCUGAUAUCCGAGUGCACAUAUUACCGAACUCCUCCAAAGUGAUUUGAAGGAAAUCUAAAUUACUUCUACUACAGCUGCAACCCAACAAAGAGUACUAGCUCUAGCUACUCCCAGAUGAAAUGCAGCACGUGCAUGACAACUUGCUCACGAGGACGCUGUUCACACUGUAGGGCGCGGCAGCCGCGCCCGCCCCGCCUCCAACAGGAAUAGGUGCAUUUUCCGGAUUUUCCGCACAAAGUGCUGAUGCAGAUGCUGCCCAAUUUGCCGCUAUCGAUUCAAAAUUAGUUUUCGUCUCACACGCGGGCAGUGCGGCUGCGGCGCCGCGGUCUGCCGCGCCCCACCUCCAACAGGAGACGGCGCAUUUUUUGGAUUUUUCGCACAAAAUGCAGCAGCAGACGCUGCGCAAUUUGCAAAAAUCGAUGCAAAAUUAAUUUUCGUCUCGCACGCGAGCAGUGUGGCGCCGUGGUCUGCCGCGCCCCACCUCCAACAGGGGAGGGCGCAUUUUCCGGAUUUUUCGCACAAAAUGCUGCAGGGGACGCUGGCCAAUUUGCAGAAAUCGAUGCAAAAUUCAUUUUCGUCACACACGCGAGCAGUGCGGCGCCGUGGUCUGCCGCGCCCGCCCCACCUCCAACAGGGGACGGCGUAUUUUUCGGAUUUUUCGCACAAAAUGCAGCACGGAGCGCUGGCCAAUUUGCGAAAAUCGUACAAAAUUUAUUUUCGUCUCACACGCGAGCAGUGCGGCGCCGUGGCGCCUGUAAUGUUUGACACUACUACUUUGCAUGGCAUUCAUCAUCAAAUGAGAAGCAGAAGUGCGGGAGUUCUUGCGCACUCUCAUAUUAUCCUGUGCAAAAAUGUCUGGGUCUGGAAGGGUGGAACUUGUAAUGCUAGCUUUCCAUACCUAGGAAAUCUGUAUUGCAUAACCAACAAAAGCCGCAGCCUCUUUUGAACAUGCAAGCACGCAGCUUCUCAUGCGGAUUGCCUAUGAGAAAGCGCGCUGGAAAGUUGUCAUGCUAGGUUGCAUUCUCAACUCCUGUUUCCAUCAUCCACAUUUUAGCAUCACAAGUUUCCGGACCCAGACAUAUUUGCAUACGAUACAUAUCUGACGACAGCGACUCAGAAUCCGACAGCGACUCGGACUCGGAUAGCGACGGUAAUAUGACAUUGCAACCAGAACUAGUGCAAUUUCUGCAUCACAAAGAAUGACUUCUGUGUACACUGUGGCAACACAAAUUCCUGAAAAUAUUGAAAAUAAUAGAUACAAAUGCACUUUCUGCAUCACAGAUUCUUCCUCCGCCUACACGGACUCGUCCGAAUCUUCCGAAGACUCCGUAUCAAAAUGAAAAAUCCCCCCUCCCCAUAUCAAAACGGAAAUUUGUGAUGCAGGAUUUGGGUACACAAAUCGGACUUGUCUUGCAGUAAGGCAUCGCAGCCAGAUCCCCAGGCUAGGGAGGGGCGUAUGGGGGUAGCAGUUCAGCAUGGAAAACGGACCCCCUUUAGGCCCAACAGCAUGACAAAGCGCUUCCGUAAUGGGGCGGAAGCUUCUGUCCUUGUCUUCUUGCAAGACAGAUGUGAUUUGUGACCUCAAAUCCGCAUCACAAACUUUUGGAAACAUGCCUGUUCAAUAUGGGGAGGGGGGAUUUUUCCUCUCAAUACUCCGACAUGGACGAAGAAAUGAUCCGCAUGCGCCGCUAUGGGUUGUGAAUUUUUUUUUGUAGUGAAAAAUUUGGCAUACGCAGAUUGCAUCACCACGCAUGAGAUCUGUGAUGCGGCAUAGACCUACGCAAGGACCAGCUUGAGCUUCUUCACAAAGAUAUAGUGGACGUCGUACAAGAUAGAAGUUAAGUGCAGCCGUACUUCCAUGACAUCAUCCAAUUGAAAAUCCUAUGCUUGCAGUGUUCCAUGUAGACAUCAAAUUAAGAAUCUACAUCAAAUCUUUCUCCCCCAUACCCCCCGCCGGCGCUGGUUGAAAACCGAGGCUGACUACGAGGCGGAGCGCCGCGAAAAGGAGCAGCGGGAACGCGUGGCCGCCCUGGCGGCCGCUCGCGCAGCGAAGAAAAAGAUGCAGACCGACGCGGGGCACGGCAAGAAACUACCAAGUGCAAAAAUGUCUGGGUCUGGAAGAGUGUAGACCUGUCAUGCAGAUUUUCCAUGACCCAUGAGGUCUGGAAUGCGGGACUUAGCAUGACAGACUCUGCGAGGUGGUCUCUGCCAUGCCUCUUCUGCAUCAGAAACUUCGUUCCAACUUGGUCAAAAGUGGGCAGCUUUUGGCACUCAUGCAACACAGAUUUUUGCAUGCUUCAGAUUUACCAUGACAAGUUUUCCAGACCCAGACAUUUUUGCAAUUCAUAGAAACAGGUGGAGGGCAAGAUGAAGGAUGCGGACGACGCGAUCCGGAAGUCGGAAGAUCCGGAUGGGAAGAUCCAUGAAAUACCAAAUGCAAAUGUGUCUGGGUCUGGAAGAGUGCCAGGUUUGUCAUGCAGGUUUUCCAUGACUCAUGAGGUCUGGUAUGUAGGACAUAGCAUGACGAUGACAGAUUCAUCUGUGAGAGUUCUUUCGUGCCUGUUUUGCAUGAGAAACUGCCUCUCGAUUAGGUCAAAAGUGGACAACUUUUGGCAAUCAUGCAACGCAGAUUCUUACAUGAUUCAGAUUUAGCAUGACAAGUUGCAUCCUUCUUUACCCAGGCAUAUUUGCAUUCGAUAUGAAAUCAAAACGGUCGAUUUGCUGAAGAAGAUCCUGGACUUGGUGCAGGUCCGCGGUCGGAAGGGCUUGGACCGGCAAACGUACCUGAAAAAACUCGACUUCUACCUCAACGUCGUUACCACCUACAAGCACGGGGCCGCCGCGCAGUUGUUCUUGCUCGGGCAGAAGGUCAUUUUCGAGUUUGACAGCUACUCCGGCGCGUGGUUCGAAAACUUGAUGCUGAACCGGUGGGAAAACGCAAUGGGCCUGUUGCGAGAGAUGUUUGACGCGUUCAAGGGCUGGGAACAAUAUCCACAGUAAAUUUCGUGUGCACGUACAAAUGCAGUCUCUGCAUGAAAAAACUUACCUUCAAUCCUAGUCCAGCAUGACAAGUUGGACUCUGCAAGGUAGCGAAAUUUGUCAUGCAUUUUGUACAUGUACAGGAAAUUUACAUUGCAUAAACAAACCGAUGAGGAAAAGGGCAAAGACGCCGGGGUGGAAGGUAUAGAAUUUUUUGUGAUGCGCAAAUGCGUAAGCAUACCAGAUCUGUCAUGCGUAAUUCCCAAUACAACAUAAUCAUACCAGAUCUGUCAUGCGUAAUUCCCAAUACAACAUAAACGACAGCUGACGACGAUCAGGAUGACACGUUCACGAAGAACACACUCUGGCGCACCUUCCUCCUGUCUGUGUUCCGCUUGGAUGAUGAGCUGUUCAAGGCGUUGCAGUUUUCGACCAAGGAAAUGCAGGACUACUUAGUCGCGUCCUGCAAGCAGAUUUUGUUCCUGAAGGACCUGACGGAAUACAUGGUGGAGCACGAGGGCGAGAUGAAAUCGCAAGAGCAGGGCGUGGACCUGAGCAAAACGGCGGCGCGAUUGUUGGAGCACAUUUACUACAAGCAGGAUUCGGAGUAUCAAAGGAGAAAACGCUCUGCGCGAUCACUCAUCGGCAAUGUUGCUGCAGCAUAUACCAAAAACCAUUGUGUCACUCAUAACAAAGCAUCGCAGUCAAAUUUCUGUGCGAUGUUACUGCCAUACCAGAAAGACCUGUGUAGGCUACCACGAAAAUCUCGCAUUCAAGAAAACCUGCGAUAGUCAGACUGACUGGCUGCGACUCGAGCAUGAGCUUUUCUCUCUCCAUACCGACAACAAAAUCUGCAUCGACUUCAUGAAGUCCGAGUUGGGAAUGGACGUGUUUGAAAGUAUUCGCACAAGUUGAACUUUUCAUCUUUUUUCCGCUAUAUCUUCAUGCAAAAGCCGUCGCGUAAAAACAACGCUCUGUACGUUGCACCUUGUUCUACUAGUAGGACGAGGUAGAAUUAUCUACAAUUUGUAAGGGAACAAGUGACCUUGAGCAGCUGCAGACAACAUCCAACAUGAGAGGAUCACAAGUUCAAGAUCCCGCCAACAAAUUCAAAAAACUUUAUCAGAACCUUCCGUGCUCGGAUCCUGGGGAUUUUCCGAGCCGGGCGAAUCCUUCGACCUCAUCGACACGCUGUGCGACAUUAUCGAGACCGGCUGCGAGGGGCAGAUCACGGAGAAGGUGUUUGUUUUACGUGCGGAACUCUGCCGGGCCUACCACAAAGCCCUGCACAACCAGUUUCGGGCUGCGCGGGACACGUUGCACUACAUGACCAUGUACGAGCGCUCGUUGGAAGUGGAAACCCACACCCAGAUUCUUUACAACCGCGCAUUCGCGCAGACAGGUAUUGGUAUUGCAAUCAUGCAUUACAACUCUUUCUCUUAAGGUAAAUCCGCAUUACAAAUUUUAUUUCUCAUGCUGAGGAAAUUUGUAAUGCAUAAAAUAUAUACGAGUGCGACACCUUGCAGUGUAAGUAUCUAUGAGACUUUGAAGAACGACGAGAACUCCAAAGAUAGUUGAAGUUGUGAGGGGGUUCUUCUAAUGUAUCUUGUUGGGGAUUGCGUAAAAGUUUCUCAUGUAGAAGUCCUCGGUCACGAAUUCGAAUCCGUCCUCAGCCACAGCAAGCGUUAUUUUUCGUUUUCCCGUCCUUCCCUUUAUCUCUUUUCGUUUAUUCCUUGCAAUGCUGGCCAUUUAUCCAAAAUCGCUUUUAUUUCUUUGUCGUGCUCAAGCUACCUGCGCCCGCUACCCGCCGGUUCUCAGCCGUGGAAGCAGUGACUUGCCAUUUUUCUCGGGCAAUUUAUAAUGUUGGACGCUCGCCAUUUUUUCAAAAUUGGCCUAAAAUUUCUUUUCGUCUCAGCCGCCUGUGCCCACUAAGUACCCACCGGUCCUCAGCCAUGAAAAUAGUGAUUUUUCAUUUUUUGCACGCAUUUCAUCACGGCUGGACGCUGGCCAAUUUUGCAAAAUCGCUUUGAUUGUGCUUUCCGCUUUGGCCGCAUGCGCCAGCUAAUCCAACAGGGGUCCAAAAUGGAAGGUGUGUCUCUUUGAAUUUGAUCCCGUUGAAAAUAAUCUGAAGUGCAGCUGGCGGCCAAUGUUGGAUUUACUCGGGCGAUUUAGCUCGGUAUCUAGUUCCGUAAGAACAUGUAGUCUACUGCAAGAUGGAAUAUAUAAAGCUUGGGUGCGACGUGUGGUCACGAGCAUGUCGAUAUUACAAUAUUGCGACUACAAACUCCGACUCCCACGUCAACCAGGUCUGUGUGCCUUCCGGAUGGGCCUGAUUCCCGAGGCGCACCACUACCUCAUGGAGCUGUGCACCUACAACAAGUCCAAAGAGCUGCUGGCACAGGGCGUCGCGUUCCAGCGCUUUAACGAACGGAACCCGGAGCAGGAAAAGACGGAGAGACGGAGGCAGUUACCCUACCACAUGCACAUUCCGCUGGACCACCUGGACGCUGCGCAUUUGGUGACCGCACUUUUGCUGGAGGUGCCGAACAUGCUGUUGCAGCAGCUCAACUAUGCAUUGCAAAAGUAGUAUCGUACUCGUAACAAAUUUCCUCAGCAUGAGAAAUAAAAUUUGUAAUGCGGAUUUCGCUUGUCAAAAAGAUUUGUAAUGCAUGACAGCAAUUACUACGAGUGCGAUGCUUUUGCAUUUCAUAUCAACCCCGGCCACCGGCGGCUGAUCUCCCGAGCCUUGAGAAAGCAUUUAUGAGAGUGCACUACAACCGCCCCCCUCAUAGAUACUUACAUGAUUUGGCAUGCAAGAAAAGAAAUCCACAUCUUGCCUUUCAGCACUGCGUGCAUGACAAAUUUUGGAACCAGAACCUGAAACAGUACUACAAUCCGUGUGCAGAAGCAGAAGAGAUUUGUCAUGUGGAAGGCACAUUUCUGCAGCUGCUUGUAAUGCUACUCAUCCAUGCCCUUCAAAUGAGGGGGAGGAGGAGUUGAGCACUCUCAUAGCACUUGGACCAGAUGGAGAAGCAUGUGUUCCAAACCCCACCGGAAACGACCCGAGAAUACAUCCUGCACGCGGCCUAUGAAAGUGCACAAUUCCCCCUCACGACCCUCAUUUGUCAUGCAAAACACCAAAUCCAGGCUGUGUGUUCCUUGGCACUGUUUGCAUGACAAACUACUCCGGAACAGUACUACACUAUUGUGCAAAUUCGUCAUGCAAAAACAGCAUUCUUGCUGACGGUUGUAUUGCCGUUCUUGCUUCAUAAAUGAGGGGGGGAGGAGUUGUGCACUUUCAUACGGCCCUGGCGGUCAUGCGUGGGGACUGGAAGUCGGCCGUGCACCAGCACCUGGCAAAGGUGCAGUUUCUGCCGGACUUGAUCGACAUGAAGUUGCUGGAACAAUUGGUGAAGGAGCAGGCCAUCCGGUGCUACUGUUUAAAGCAUUCCAGCAGCUACGAGUCGUUGGACCUGAAGCAGUUGUAUUAAAAUGAAAAAUCCCCCCUCGUCCCCACAUCAAACCGAAAUUUCCGAUGCUGGAUUUGCGUACACAAAUCAGAUUUGUCUUGCACUAGGGGACUGCAGGCCCAUAUCAUGCCAAUGUAGAGAGGUUGUGGCCUAAGCACUUAAGCAUGAGGAGCGUCUACACUGUACUAGGCCGAGUAGCAUUACAAAUCGCCUGCAUAAUGGGGCAGAGCCUUUGCCGUUGCUUUCUUGCAAGACAGACACAAUUUGCGGCCAUAAGUAAGCAUCACAAAUUUUCUCAGGUGUGCAUUUUCGAUAAAGAGAGGGGGGAUUUUUCCGUGCGAUAAGUUGACGGAAAUGUUCGAACUACCGAAGGUAUCCUCUGCAAAAGUAUCGCAUUCGUAUAAAUGCAAGUCUUGCAUCACAAAUCUGUCUUUUAAGGUAAAUCAGCAUUACAAAUUUUAUCUCUCAUGCUAAGGAAAUUUGUAAUGCAUUUAUACGAGUGCGAUACUUUUGCAGUUCAUAGAAGGAGAAGAUCCACAGCAUUUGCAGCCGCAUGAUCAACGGUAUCCUGUGCAAAAGUAUCGUACUCGUACUAAUUGCAAAUAUGCAUGGCAAAUAUUUAUUUUGCUAGGGCAAAACAGCAUUACAAAUUCCACUUUCCUUCUUGGCAAAAUUUGUCAUGCAAUUUUGUACUAGUACGAUGAUCUUUUUGCAAAGCAUAAACGACCAGGAAGUACCCUUUGCCUGGGACAAGACCAGUUCCAUCCUCAUCGUCCGACCCGAGGACUCGCAAACCAAUUUUCAGCGGCUGGCGUUGACCCUGGCAGACAAGUGCAGUUACGGGCUGGACCAGCACGAGCGGGCGGUCGACUACAAGUUAUGACAGAGGACAACUCCUUCUCGACGAUCCCGCUUGAUUCAGAUCUGAUGCGAAGCGACACAGCAGCACAAAUUCAAUCGUAGUUUUUGAAUAAUGACGAAAUUUUUUUCUCUAGGAACAGACUGUAGCACUCCUUGUCUUGUUUGAAGUGGUACUGCAGCUUGUACUGCAGGCCUUGAAAGCAAAGGCUAGUGCUGUAAUUGUAAUUUCGCAUGACAAGAAAAAAUUGGAAGCCAGAUCUAGGGGAAGUUGUCCAUCGUGAUACAAGACUGGGCAUUACCAGAAAAAUAUGGAGGGCGGACAGGGAGGACAAGGUACGUAACUAGUACUAGUACUGCAAAUUGCAUGACAAAUUCACCAAGAAGUUAUUGAAACUGAAGCAUUCAAUCUGUCAUGCUGGAUCUGGAUCUGUCCUGCGUUGGACGACAUAGAAAUCGUCUACUUACUAUGAAUGUAGUUCCGCAUGCUAAAGUAAGUACGCACGAGACAACGCGUUUCCCGCAUCACAAAUCGUUGACAGGUUAUGGCAACAACCGAGGGCAGAACAAAGGCGAGGGCGGCUUCCGUGACAUCUACAGCGAAGACGUCCGACACUUUAAUCGCACACGAUACGCGAACGCCCCCCGUCAGAAGGGCGGUUAUCCUGUGGAAAAACGUCCCACCCCAGAGUCAAGAUGGAAAAUCUGCUAGACAAAUCCACAAGGCUUGGCUGUUGCGCAUGACAAGUUUGGUCUCGGAGUGUAAUCCUGUUUAGCCAGUUCACUAGCAUCUAGCACAUCGUGCUGAUUGGAGCAUGACAAAUUCCGAAACACGAUUAGAAAAUCCUUCUCAUGGGGCUCCGCAUGAGAAACAUCUUCAGCAUGCAGAAUUGAAUGACGACUCUGGGGUGGGGACGUUUUUACACAGGAUAGCGGUAUGGGAAUCGUCACGGCAAACAGCAAGGGCUUUAAGGGCAAGGGAAAGGGAGGAAAGGGCAAGGGUAAAGGACAAGGCAAGCAGCAGGACGUAUUUUAUUAUUAAAACAAGAAAUAAACUUUUUGAAUAAUACAGUAAUUUGAGAAAACGGCUUCCAGCUUCAUUUUGUGUGAGCAUUGUGUCUAUGACGAGGAUUCGCUAUCAUGCGUAGGAACCGCGAAAUUAACUACAUCAGGGUAUGCGCGUCCGCAUGGGUGGCUGGAACCGCGGGCUCCGGGAUAACGCCGUGGGUUAUCAAAUGUAAGAAUGUCGGGGUCUGGAAACUUGUAGUGCUGCGUUGGGAAUAGUGAAUGCUCUGUAAUGCACAGUCAAGCAUGAGAAAUAUCUGCGCCUCUUUGUGUUGCGUUUUUCGCAUUACCAGCUUCGUUUUUGCAUGUAAGGCAAAAGGGUCUCUUCUUGGACACGCAUCACAAACUUUUUGGUCAUGCCAGACAAGCAUGACAAAUCUCGCAACCUUCCAGACCCAGACACUUUUGCAUUUGAUAUGGGUUUCUCUUGUAUCGCAGGAAAAAAGAACGUCUGCUCCUUGUUCACUGUGCACGUGUGUUGAAGAUGAGGCAGUUGCAGAUGCAAGCCGAGAUAUGGUGUGUAGUUUGUCUUGCAUGCUGGAAUAAAUAAAGCACGAGCUGCACAGCAGGAUUUAUUCGUCCCUCUGCCUGUUGUCUUUUUCCGCUAUUCAAACUGCACGCAUGACAGAUUUUUGGUUUUAUGCGCAAGAGCAGGCUUGUCAUGUGCGACGUCAUGAAAUACCAAAAGAAAGCAAUUGUCACAGUGAAGACGAAAGACCAGAGUUUUAUUUCGUGCGAUAUCCUUCAAGCCGGGUGACCGCGAGGGGAGGUCGGUUUGGGCGUAGGCGGGUUUAUAAUUUUCGGCUCUGUUGAUGCGCAGGAAGAGGCAAUCGACCAUGAACGUGAACGCCCAGCACUUUGUGCUCCGGAAAUCAAAUAAAAAAACAAAUGUCAACUAAAAUAAAAGUACGUACUACUAAUUCUACCUGUAAAUGCAAACUGUAAACAAGUCUACGACUACGAGUACGACUUGUUGUAUCAAGCAAUAUUAAUCUACUACUUGCUUCUCAACUUCUACAACUCCAUUUUCUAACGAUACUUUUGCUGACGAGUACUGGACUGUAGUGGUCUAUACCCUUUUUCAUCUAAUUUCUUUUGCUACGACACGAGAAUGUGACGACGACUUUGUGUGUAUGUACCUAUGGUGUACGUCGGCAUACUUACUUUUCUAUACCAUCGAACUCACUUGCAGUGCAAGUUCUCAAGAUCGAGGAAUGGCGUCUCGACGAAAUGUGUCCUCCGUGCAGAAGAACAAAUCUGCUUUACAACCACCACGAGAGACAUUGAAUUUCUGCUUCUAAAGUAAGGCCUUCAACGUCGGAGCCUUCCAGUGAAAACAGACACGGACUAGCUGCAGGGAAAUCUACUUCUACUAACUACAGCUGCAACCCAACAGCGAGUAGCUCUCCUAACUACCCCCAGAUGAAAUACAGCACGUGCAUGACAAGUUCACGACGCUGUUCAAAUUGUAGGGCGCGGCAGCCGCGCCCGCCCCACCUCAAACAAGAAUAGGUGCAUUUUUCGGAUUUUUCGCACAAAGUGCCGCUCCAGACGCUCGCCAAUUUCCAAAAAUCGAUGCGAGGUUAGUUUUCGUCUCAGGCCCGAGCGAGGCGGCGCCGGCCGUGGCCU